GCUUAUGAAGACGAUGGCAUUUCGUUAAUUCUGUAUCCAAAUACCGGCGCAGUCAUCAGAUCUGCCAACGGAGAUAUAUUCUCCUUUCCAGUGCACUUUUAUACUACCUUGUAUAACGGCUCCCUGCUCAUACACAGUGCUUCCACAUCCAUCCCCUCCUCAGUACCGUCACCAUGCCCGACGCCAACAUUCCCAUCAUCGACAUCUCCAACUCGGGCACCGACGAAGCUUCGGUGGCCCGCCACCUCGUCGAUGCCGCAGUCGAGCAUGGCUUCAUCUAUAUCAGGAAUACGGGUGGCUUAAUAAAUCCAUCCGACAUCGGCGGUAUCUUUGACCUGUCCCGGAAGCUCUUCAAGGCACCUGUCGAGGAGAAAGCCGCAUGUAGCAUUCAGACAAACAACCGCGGCUGGUCUGGUAUGCACACCGAGACACUUGAUCCGAAGACACAGAAAAUCGGAGACUUCAAGGAAGCCUUCAACUUUGGCGAGUUCAGGGACGGAAAAGCUCAGCAACCCCUCCCCAAGACCAUCCAGCCAGACGAACCCCAGAUCAACGCCUUUCGAGAGCAAUGUCAUUCUCUCUGCCUUCGCCUCCUCGACCUCCUCGGUCUCGGUCUCGACGUCCACCCCCCGGACUUCUUCUCCAGCGCUCAUCUGACACGCCUGGGCGAGUCUGGCACCAUCCUCCGCUUUCUUCACUACCCCGAGGGUCCCUCGGCUGACACCGCACAAGUCCGGGCCGGCGCCCAUUCCGACUACGGCUCCGUCACCCUCCUCUUCCGUCUCCCCGGUCAGCCAGGCCUAGAGAUCCUCACCAGGGAAAACGAAUGGGCCCCCGUUCCCGUCUGCCCUCCCGGUACUGAGUCUGACCCGGCCCCGCCUAUUCUUAUCAACAUUGGCGAUCUCCUCAGCUAUUGGACCAACGGCUUGCUGCGGAGUACCGUACACCGCGUCGUCUUUUCCGACCAGUCCCAGGUCCAGGGCGAGACGGAUACCGGGCCGCGGUAUUCCAUUGCCUACUUCUGCCAUCCCCGCGGCACGGUCACCUUGGAUCCUGUUCCGAGUGAGAGGGUCCGAAAUUUCGUCCCAGACGCCGGGACCGGGGAUGCGAACCCUUACUCUGAGAGGAAAGUCUUAACGGCCGAUGAGCACUUACAAAUGCGCCUCAAAGCGAGCUAUCUCAGCUUGUACGAGAAGCAAGAGUUGCAAAAAUGAGACGGCAUGAAAUCGGAAAAAAAGAAACAAGAACGAGAAUUCUCCAUCGUCCAAUGACAGCUAUAAGCCACUGCCACUGCUCUCCCUCUUGCUUCGUCUAUCGGCAAUAUCGCAUGUGUUCUUCCUCCGUCCCACGACGCCAACUAUGCUAUGCAAAAGAUAUCUCCCACUCUAGGUAUACUCAAAUAAUAUCAUCAUCAUCAUUCGUCCUCCU